AUGGAUAUCCUCUGUCUUCAAGAAACCUAUUCUUCUGAUCCCGCUGUACAAGAUCGCUUGGAUAUGCAACUCCAGGCCAAAACCUCCAUAUGGACGCACUAUUGUGGAGUCGUCAGCCUUAAUCCAGCUAUCCAGCUUGAUGAUGCAUAUGUCUCUAACAAUGGUCGUCUAAUCAUCUGUACUGUCUCUCAUGCCAACCACCUUUUCCGUCCCUUCCGUCUCAUGAAUAUUUAUGCACCUGCCACUUACCACGCCCGCUAUGAUUUCUAUGCUGAUCUCCUUCAACUUCCCUUCUUUCAGUCCUUGUUGCUAAACCUCUCCACCCAUUCCUUCAAUUUUCCCUCUGAAACUCCAGAUAUGAUUGUAGGCGACUUCAACUACAAUUUCCGUCACUUCCCAGCAACCAGCAUCCAAGAUGGCCUCCAGAAUCCCUCUUUCAUCAGAAAUUUACACCUCAAUUACCACCAUCCUUCCGACCCCUCUCUCAUUGUGCCGGAUGCUCUUGAGGACUCCUUCACCUCGCCUCACCUAGACUCCAAUGACCCUUCAAAUAUGCCACCAGCUACAAGGGCCCAAUGGCUUUGGCAUGCUAUGUUGCAACACCAUUAUCGAGAGUGCUCUCACCGCUUGCAACCCGAUCCACCCAUACCAACCUUCCACGGCGCCGGGUAUAGAUCCACCAUCGAUUACAUGUAUGUGGCCCCCUCUCUCACCAACUUUGUCCACACAUCCACUGUCGACUUUAUAGCCCCACAAUGGACCGAUCAUGCCAUGCUUAGCAUCCACCUCCGAAUGCGCUUAAACAACCAUGGCCGAGGCUUAUGGCGGGCCAACCCACGCCUGGCUGAUAACUCUUUCUUUGUGAAUCAGUUGUAUAAACGCCUGGAUGACUUUCAUCGGGAUCUAGCUUCCAAUCCCUUCCCAGCUUCUCCUCAAGUGUUAUGGGACGACAUCAAGUCUCUAACUCGAUCCCUAGCCCAAAAGAUCGGUCGGAAACAGGCUGAAUGGCGGCGUCGGCAGCUCAGACAAUUGCAGAGUAAACGUAACCGGAUCCUCCGUGCCUACAAGUCCACGGCCAUCCUGAAUGAUCGUCUGCCUACCAUUGAGAAAGCGAUCAGUGCCUUACAACAGGAAAUGGUUGAACACCAAGCCCUAAGAUCAGGUCUGCGCUGGCGAGAGAAGGGAGAGACCUCGGCUGGAUUUCUCAAGGCUUUGUCUACUCACCGAGAACUUCAGCGUGCCCUGCCUUCUCUCAAGGAUCCUUCCACUGGCACAUGUUAUGUUUCUCAAACUGAGAAGGAACAAGCUGUCCACUCCUUUUACUCUCGACUCUACACACCCACAACAGUAAAUCAACGUGAUAUACAAUUUUUCACUAACAUGAUUCCCGCUUCCCAUAGAUUAUCUGAUGACUCUCAUGAAUCCCUAUGCACUCCUUUUACUCUGAAUGACAUCUUGGAUGGUCUUUCCCGGUCUCCCACCCAGAGUAGCCCUGGCAUUGACGGCCUUCCCUAUCAGAUCCUGCGUCUCUUGUUCAAACAUCCGUCUACCGCAUCCAUUGGUAUCCGUGUCUUCAACGAUGCUCUGCUCCAUGAUACCUUCCCUGCUUCCUGGUCUCAAACUAGUUUGGUGUUACUCCCAAAGAAAGGUGAUCUCUCCUUCUUGAAGAAUUGGCGCCCAAUCUCCCUGAUCAACACAGAUGCCAAGACCUUCACUCGCCUCCUCAACUCUCGUCUGAUGAGUCACCUUGCUGACAAGAUCUCUAUCCAGCAAAUGGGCUUCAUGCCCGACCGGUUCAUUGCGGAGCAGGGUCUUAUCCUGCAAUGCAUGCAAACAGUAGCUACCAGAAACAAGUUAACAUCCAUUGCCCUUCUUCUAGACCAGGAGAAGGCGUAUGAUCGCAUCCACUUCUCUUACCUUCAAGCUAUGAUGGACGCCUUCAAUAUCCCUCAAACCCUCAUCAUCGCCAUCAUCAAUCUCUUUUCUGCCACCCAAAUCCAACCUAAUGUCAAUGGCUUCCUAGUCGCUCCUUUACCACAAUUGCGAGGUCUUCGUCAGGGUGAUCCCCUCAGUCCUCUUCUCUUUAACAUUGCCUUUGAUCCCUUUCUCCGGGCCAUCCACAAUGACUCUCGCAUUUCGGGCUUCUCUUUCCCUCCUGAUCCCAUUUCUGGCUCCCAACCGCCAGUGGUCAAAGUUCUCGCCUAUGCGGAUGAUACUUUAGUAACCCUUAACAAUCCAUCAGAAUUCGCUGCUCUCGAGGAUCUACUCGGAAAGUAUAUGUCUGCUUCUAAUGCCUCCCUCAAUUACAACAAAACUGAAGCACUCUCCCUAUCUGGUAGCAACCAUCCUCAUUGGGUUCAGUUCCUGGCCUCUAAAGGUAUCACUUCAUGGCAUGAUCGUUCCUCUCUAACGGCCCUGAAAUACCUUGGUUACCCUAUCCAUGCCAAUCGUCAACAGCGAACUUCAUUCGUCUCCGCCCUCAUCUCUAACAUCAGUCGCUCUUGUCAACUUCAUUCCUGUCGGAACCUGACCUACCGCGGUCGUGUCACCGUUGUGAACUCCUUGAUACUCUCCAAACUAUGGCAUGUUCUUCGGUUGGUUACCUUCACCAAGUCUGAAUUCAACAAGAUACGCCAAAUCAUCACUUCCUUUAUUAACCGAAACUCCAAAAUCAGCCGCUUCUCUUUUGACACUCUCAUUUUACCUCGAUCCCAGGGCGGUCUGAACCUGAUCAAUCCUGCGAGACAAGCCCAAGCUCUGCAAUGGCGAUGGAUCCAUCCACUCCUUCAUCCUACACAACCCUCUCCAUCAUUGAUGCCUUCCAUUCCAAUCCUUCGGUCCACCCUCUCCAUGUGUCUCGGUUCCACUCGAUUCCCAUCCUACCACUGGUCACUCCUUUUCCCUCAAUGUCGCCCGUCUGGUCUACCCUCUUUUGGUCCUGUUGCCAACAUCAUCAUUGCCGUAGACUCUAUCAUUAGAAACUUUUCCUUCUGCUCCGUCCCCAUUCCUGUCAUCCUCCGCCUCCCUUUCACUUCUCUCCUUCAACAUGCGCUACCCCCUUCCCAUCCUUUCGCCUCCACCUUUUCCCCACCCUCCGUCAUCCUAGCUGACCAUCUCACCCUACGUCAGGAUCUCUUUGGAUCUGAUAUCUUUGAUUACAACUCUACUUCCAACACCAUUGUUUUCAAAGAAUCUUUUGAGCACCUCCCCCAUCCUCACUGCAGUCGCCGUGCCAUCAAUUUCAUACAUGAUCAAUACCUCUUCCUCAAUACGUUCACCCUAAACACCAUGCUCACAAAUAUCCCUCGUCCCCUCCCCACUACUGAUCAAUUAUCCACCUCCUCCAUACUCACCCUUGACUCUCUCCACUCCCUUCUUCUCUCCAUGAUCUCCUCACACUUUGAUCUAGAUUUCCAACAAUUCCAUCCAGUCCCUGCGACUACCACUGGUUAUAAAUCCUUACCUUCCUACCAUGUUCCUCCCAAACCUCCAUCUGUCUUAUCCUCUGCCAAAUGGAAACGUCUCUGGUCCUUACGUAUCCCAUUGAAUGCACGUAACACCUGGUUCCGCAUCCUUCAUAAUAAAGUCGCCACAAGAGACAUUCUUCAUGAACGGCAACCUCAUAUCCACCAUCCCUUUUGUAGGAUCUGCCACUCAUCCACCGAAACAUUGGAACACUUCCUCUUUGCCUGUCCCCACAAACGAUCCUUUUGGUCUUCCGCCCUCUCCAUUUACAUGCCCCCUCUCAUCUCCCAAAACAGUUACCAAAACUUCCAGAAAUUCCUUCUUUUCGAACACAACCCUUCUCGUCAAGAUCAUUCAAUCUAUCCGAAUCUCUCUGCUUACCAGGUUUUCGCCUGCAUGCUACAAACUAUAUGGUAUCACCACUACCAGUUUACAUUCCAGGACAAACCUUUCCUACCAUCAAUUUUACUCUCAUCACUUCGUAGCUCAUUAGAUACCUUACAUUUCCAAGAAACCUUAGAUCAGUCUCCAUAA